AUGUCCACAUCUUGUGGUCAUUCGGAUGAUGGCAUGGCGAAGGAAGUUGAAAGUUCACCUGAAUGCACCGUAUGUCGAGAAACAAUGAAUGAUCCUCGUACAUUGCCAUGUUUCCAUUCCUUUUGCAAGGUUUGUUUAGAGGGAAUUGUUGAAAACACACGCAAGAAAGCGAAGUAUGCGAAGAACGAGGAUUUCAAUUGUCCUUCCUGCAGGGCUGUAUUUCAUUUGAAACCUAAUCAAGAAGUAGCAGAGUUAUCUUGUGGCCAUGAAAUUCGAAAUACGCUUGAAACUGGUCAACUACGAAACAAAGAAAAUAGCAAUUGUUCGAGAUGUGUUAAAAACGAAGCGUGCACUUGUUGUUUGACGUGCGAACUUUUCCUGUGCGAAGAAUGCUUGGCAGAACACAAUUCGAUACAGGAUUGUUGGCCUGGUUUUGAAAAGGAGCCAUGCUCUCUGUUAACGCUAGAAGAGUUGAAGAAGCCUGAAAACCAUUCAAAAAUCAAAGAUAACGGCGUGCCCUAUUGCGGAAAGCACCCGAAUAAAGAACUGAAGUUUUUUUGCGAAACAUGUAAAGAAAUUGUCUGCAGUUGUUGUAUGGAAUUUAUUCAUACACCCCCUCAUCAUAACUUGGAGCAAACCGACCAUAUCUUGGGGAAGAAAAAAGAAUCGCUGGAAAGUUCUGUAGGCGCAUUUAAAAAGAAAUUGGCCUCUGGCAUUGAAGCUCUUGUAACCAUAUCUGAUUUGGAGGGAAAACUUAAAAGUAACACACAAAAGUUGAAAGAGUCAGCCAAGCAAACAAAUGUACGGGUGAAAAUAAUGUUGUUGCAGCUACUGGACGAAAUUGCAAUGAAAAAACAGGAUGAAAUUGAUGAGUUGUAUAACAAGACCCAAGCGGCCAUUACAAAACAGAAGAAUGAAAUUGAAACAUUUGUAAGCGACGUCAAUAUAUCAUAUGAUUCAGCGAGGGAAAUUCUUGAGAAAGGAACAGCGGUGGAAAUUAUUGAGUCGGCAAUAAUAGCUGAAACGAUGUUGGACAGUUUUGAAAAGUAUGAGAAAACAAAGUUAACAAAUAUCCAUUAG